AUGAUAUUGGGAGCCAUCAUAUAUGCACUUUUCAUAGUAUCAUUUUUGAUGUUGAAAACAUGGCUUCUCUACCUAAUGUCAGCAAUUCUUGGUUUCGGUGCUGGAAUUAUUUGGACGGCACAAGGAAAUUAUUUGAUAAUGAAUUCGGAUAAGACGACCAUCAGUAGAAAUUCUGGAAUUUUUUGGUUCAUGCUUCAGUGCAGCAUGUUCAUCGGAAACAUUUUUGUUUAUUUUCAAUUUCAAGACAAAGAUUUAGAUUUAAGCACGAUAAAUGUUGUUUUUAUCGUUAUGAGCGUCGUGUCAGCAGUCGGAGUUGGAUUUUUAUUCACUUUGAGACCACCGAAAAUCGAAGUUAACAAUUCCACGGACCAACCGAAUAAUUCGGAAAAGGAAAAAAAAUCCGGAGUCGAAGCAUUGAAAAAAUCAUUUAAAUUAUUUGCGACAAAGGAAAUGCUUUUGCUCGUCAUGAGAAAUAUUUUUCGUAUCGAGUUGUCAUUUUUCAGUGGGAUUUACAGCACGAGCAUAGGUUUCACAAAUCAGUUUAAGGAAAAAGCCAAAUCACUCGUAGGUCUAUCGGGUGUUUUCAUCGGGGUUGGAGAACUCAUCGGAGGUCUCAUGUUUUCGGUAACCGGUACGAAAUUAAGCAAAUGGGGAAGGGAUCCGAUUGUUGUUUUUGGAUUUUUAAUUCAUCUCGUUUCCUUUUUUCUAAUAUUUAUCAAUUUGCCAAAUUCUUCUCCGAUACAAGCAACGGACGAAGAAGCUUACAUAAAUUCCAACGAAUAUUUGGCAUUGUUUUGCAGUGUUUUGUUAGGUUUGGGUGACAGUUGUUUCAACACUCAAAUUUAUUCAAUGUUGGGUAGUAUAUGGUUCGAAGAUAGCGCACCCGCCGUUGCCAUUUUUAAAUUCGUACAGUCUGUCGGAGCCGCCGCGAGUUUCUUUUACGGCAGAAGUGCAAACCUACAAAUACAUUUAGGUAUUUUAUUAUUAUUAUCUCUUGUGGGUACUUCGACGUUUUGUUUAGUCGAAUGGAUGCACAGAGCGAAAGAAAAAUCCGAAAGGGAAACGAGUACGAGUACUUUAUCGUCAAAAGUAAGUUCGAAAACACAACAAGAAUGUUAA